GCCGCGUACUGGGUUUGUAAGACGGUUGAGCUGAGGUGGAGCACGUUACGGUAUAUCCAGCGUGCGAGUUGGCAUCGCGCUAAUCCGAGGAAGAUAUUAAGGCUCCGUCCCGGUUUGCUCGAGCAGCCACCUGGCCCUCAUCGGUACUAUCGCCAAUUCCAGCACCAAAAAGAGAAAGAAGUGGAUAUGACUGUCCUGUAUAAAGCCAUCGAUGUCUGGACUGUGUAUAGCGUGUUCAUGAGUGGCCUGAAGCCGUUACUGUCGCUGUUCCGACUGCGAGAGCAAGAAGACGAGGAAUGGACGGUCGAUUUCUCGUGCUGGGAAGUGCCGUUUACGCUCUACCCUUCGCGUCUCCUCGCUGAGAAGUUCGCAAGGUACUCAGCGCGACGGUCGCGCGGCUAUUCUCCAGCGGCUCUGCUGAAGGUGUGUAUCACAACCAAAACUCUGAAGGAUAAAUUGAAGAUUAAAGCUUUCGGUGAUGGCGAGGGGAAAGGAAACGAAGAGGAGUGGAAGAAAGUUGUUUGGAUUAAUAGGGUGGAGGAGGACCCGGCGAUUGAUGUGGCGAAUGGAGUCCCGAAUCCGGUGGCGGAUAUGUGGGGGCUGGAUCUUGUGGUGGGGAAGGUGAGCUGUAAUAAGGGGAAGGCGAUUGUUAAAAUGGCGAGUUGGGAGGAGAUUAGUGGGGAUAAUGUGUUGAUGGUUGAUGGAGGUGGUGGAUUGGAGACUGCGGUGCAGUAUUCGUUCUUAGGUGAGGAUUGCUUCCUCGAAUUGGACAUGGAUGCGCGGUUGGAGAUAGCCCAUGUGAGAGGUUGUGAGGGAUGGAUGAAGUAGCUGGAUGUUUGUACUUUUUGGGAUUCGGA